AUGGCUUCUGUCUCUUGGCUCUACCAAGAUGGUGGAUUGAGAAGUAUGGUGUCGGUUGAUGGGAUUAUUACCAACAAGUUCUUCGCCAGCAAUUUGAAGAUAUACAAAUCCGAGCUUCCGAACAGAAGCCCGCUGAAAAAGCAUUGUUUACUUCCCUGCAUAAAGUGCGAAAAAACCGAUGAGCCCAAUUUCAUUGAAGUAUCGGUCGAGCGUUAUCCAUAUGAGGUCUAUUUGGACUCAACAUCCGGGCAGCUCGAGCCUGCCUCUGGGGCUCGUGCGAGUAUCCCGCCCGAAGAGUACUGGCCCGAAGGGACAGUGAAUCAGGUCCGUGCUGCUCGAGCUCCCGAGCCGACAGGUGUCUCUACUGGGAAGCCAUCGUUCGGGAAAAAUCCGGGAAGCAGACGAAAAAAGUACAAGUCCACAGCUUCUUCUGCUUCUUCUGGAUCUUCGGGAGCAAUCGUGAGUGAUUCAGUUGAAGUUGAGUCCUCUGAGGGCUUCUCAUCAGACGAAGAUAAAGAGACUUUAUCAGAAAGUUUCGUGGUUUAUGAGACUGAGCCUGAGGAGGAAUUGACCGGAUAUGACCUGGACAAGAAAAUCGGGAGGCCUCAUCCGUUUAUUAAUCCGGAAGAUAGGAGGCCGAUUGAGGAUACUCUUGACAGCGAGGAGCUGUGGUGGAACUGGAGAAAGCCUAAGAAUGAAAAGUGGUCGAGAUGGCAAAGAAGGAGGCCCGAUGUCGAGACGGUUUUCCUCAAAGCUAUGGCGGAGAAAGGGCAGAUAAAGCUCUAUGGAGAUCAACCAACACUUACUGAAUGCGCGCUUUAUAGAGCAAGAAGGCAUUUAUAUAAGGAAGAGAGGCUUCAAGAGGAACGAGAUCGACUGGAAAAGGUCGGUCCUUUGGAAUACUAUUCCGAAUGGGUCAAAGCCUGGAAAAAGGACACUUCACGUGAAGCGGUUCAAAAGCAUUUUGAGGAAACCGGUGAGGAUGAGAACACCCAACUAAUCACGAUGUUUAUGCAUCAAACGGACAGAGAAUACCGUAUAAUGAUGGGCACCGAUGUCCGGAUCCAACGUGAUCCUCUGGCAAUGAGAAUGCGCGAGGAUCAGAUAAAGGAAAUUUGGGGUGGUGAUCCUGUUUACCCAACUAUAAACUAUAUUCAAGAUCCAGAUGAGGUGAUUGAUUACAGGGGUCCGGAUUUUCACGAACCAACUCCAAACAUGCUCGAUUAUCUUAAGGAGCAUGGCAAGAUAAUCACCAGAGAGGAGCUGAAGGAGAUUCAGGCAAAAGAGAGGAGGACCGUAGAAGUUGAGACAACGAUAGACAUGGAUGAUGCUAUGGCAAAAGCUGUCGACAUUGGCGAAAAUGAAGAUGAAGAGGAGGACAGUGAAGAUGAGAACACCAGUGAAGAGAAGAACGAGAAAUUCACUCGCAAUUGGAGUAUUUUAAAGAGUAAUCCUGAACCGAACAAAUCAAAGGUAAAACCGAAAAAGGACAUGUCCCUAGACGAAGCGCUAGAUGAUUCGGAGAACUUAACCGACUUCCUUCUUGACUUCGAAGAAGAAGAAUGA